CAUUCCGAGACUCACCUCCCAAGAACAUCGAUCGCACCUUCAAACCGUCAAACCCGUGCACAUUUCCUGCUAUACUGGGAUCAAGGAAACGAAAAACAUCCUCCAGGUCUCGCGAAGCCUCAUACAACAUCAUCCGCAUCAAUACGUCGGAUCCGAUUGGUUCCUGAACUCCGUCGACUUAUCGCAUCGAACAUUUGCCAAACCUCAAGAUGAAGCCCAUCGUAUCUGCUUUGAACGCAUGGUCAUGCGUUGUCAUCUCGUUCUUUGCCGUCAUCAUCCUCUCCGUCCUCGGAACGUUAUACCAGCACGACCACCCCGGUUACACUGGCUCUGAUAGCGACCCGGAGAAUGGCGCUGCCGUUGCUGCCUCCAUUUUUACCGCUGUGAUUGUAUACGCCGCUUUCUUCGUCUUCUGUGCUUUCCAGGCCUACCUCCAUAUCCGAGCUAGCAGAGGUGGCGCCAUAUCGCUGAGCUAAAGCUUGCCAAUUGAUUUUGAAUCUACAAUUUUUGAUAUAAGCCUCUGUUUUUUUUUUUUUUUU